AUGCGAUUGCUCAAUCGACUAACAAAACUAUUCCAAUCACCCAGACAAGCAAGGACCCUAGCAAUGGCGUGGUACUGCUCCGGGUCCACCAAUACCGAGUUAAUCGAGAAUCUAUUCAAGGUUGGGUUGAUCAAGAAUGAACGAGUCAAGGAGGCCAUGCUAGGGGUUGACCGGGCCCACUACGCACCCUCGCGUCCAUACUCUGAUUCCCCUCAACCCAUCGGUCACGGAGCUACAAUCUCAGCACCCCACAUGCACGGGCACGCAUGUGAGUACCUAAUCGAACACCUGCAGCCCGGAUGUCGAGUCCUGGACAUUGGAUCCGGGUCCGGGUACCUUACGCACGUACUCGCGAAUCUCGUAACCGGGACACCCGGAACAGAAGGACAAGGCCAAGUGAUUGGCAUCGAUCAUAUACGCGAACUCGUAGAAUUGGCACAGUCCAAUAUGAACAAGUCCGAACACGGCCGGGAACUCCAGGAUUCGGGACAAGUGAAGUUGAUUACUGCCGAUGGGCGAUUGGGAUGGAAGGAGAAUGCUCCAUAUGAUGCUAUCCAUGUGGGUGCGGCAGCGGAGACUCUUCAUCCUGUUUUGAUUGAGCAGUUGAAAGCUCCUGGAAGACUCUUCAUUCCUGUUGAAUCAGAGAAUAAUGGUUCGACUUCUUCACUUGGUGCCAAUGGAGGACAGUAUAUCUGGGUGGUUGAUAAACGGGCGGAUGGAUCGAUUCAGAAAGAGAAGGUCUUCCAGGUUAGCUAUGUACCUUUGACUGAUGCUCCCUAG